AUGAAGCAUCCGCAGAUUGCGGAGCCAGUCUCGAAGGUGGAUGCACCUGCCGCUGUCCAUUCAGAUGCACCUGCCCAUGAUUCCCAAUCUCGAUUUCGAGAACCUGAUUCACAGCCCCCUCGGACUCAGGAAGGUGGCUUGCCUGAAAGCGACUCGCAAUGGCCAGCUGAAGUGAUGGAGGAAGCACAACCUGAGCUGUUUGUGGCUCAACGUGAGGAAGCAGGUCGGAGAGUUGAAUCCCACCAACCUGCUGUCGAGGGACUACUCGCAAAGGGAAAGCCAGAUGCUCCUAGUUGUGAGCAACCCCAGACUCCUUCAAAGGAAGACUUGGAUUCCGCUGAGAAGCGUGAGGAGGAUGAGGAUACCAAGUCGGACGACCUGGAGAAACGCCAGGCCUUUAAGGACAGGAAGCCCUUGUUCCAAGUGCCUGACUUGUACGAACUCACCAAGGGGCACUUGAAGGAUAUCCCUGAGAUCGAAGACAUCAAGGAUGAAAAAGCCAUGCAAGUGAUCAGCGCUCUGGUCUUGAAG